AUGCAUUUCUCUACCCUCAGCACCGUUCUGGCUUUGGCCAGCAUCGCCACAUGCACGCCUCUCGACCCUCGCCAGCAGACAGCUACAGCGCUUGAUGCGGCCAUGAAAGCGCGAGGCCGUUCCUACAUCGGCACUUCUUUAACCAUCCGCAAUGACAACACCGAGCAGAACAUCAUCCGCAGUGCGGAAUUCGGUUCCAUUACGCCGGAGAAUGCUAUGAAGUGGGACGCCACAGAGCCCAAUCGGGGCCAGUUCAACUGGGGACAGGCAGAUGCUGUUGCGAACUUUGCGACCCAGAACAAUAAGCAGAUGCGCUGCCAUACAUUAGUCUGGUACAGUCAGUUGCCAGGCUGGGUGAACCAAAUCAACAACAACGCCACUUUGAUGGGCGUAAUGGAGAACCACAUCAAGCAAGUCAUGGGAAGAUACAAGGGAAAAUGCACCCACUGGGACGUCGUCAACGAAGCCCUUAACGAAGACGGCACAAACAGAGACAACGUCUUCCUCCGCGUAAUCGGCGAACAAUACCUCCCCAUCGCCUUCCGCAUGGCCGCUGCCGCCGACCCAACCACCAAACUCUACUACAACGACUACAAUCUCGAAUACGGCUCGGCCAAGCACCAAGGCGCCCUCCGCAUCGUCAAGCUCGUGCAAUCCUGGGGCGUCAAGAUCGAUGGCGUGGGUCUGCAGGGCCAUGUGGUCUCCGAGCCUACAGGCACCCAGAGCGACAUCACGCCCAGCACAGCCGUGUUGACCAAGGUACUUCAGGAUUACGCUGAUCUUGGUGUUGAUGUUGCAUACACCGAGUUGGACGUACGAUCUCGCACGCCGAGUAACUCGCAGAAGUUGACGGAUGCGGCGGCGGCUUGGGCGAGGAUUGCUCAGAGUUGUAUUAACGUGCAACGCUGUGUCGGCAUGACCAUCUGGGGUGUUGCGGACAAGUAUUCCUGGGUUCCUGGCACCUUCAACGGUGAGGGAUCUGCAUUGCUCUGGACGGACAACUUCCAGAAGAAGCCUGCUUACACAGCUUUCUUGGAUGUGUUGAACGGAAAGAACACAACGCAGACGUAA